AUGUUGCCAUUAAUCUUUUUUUCAUUAUUAAUUGGAAUUAAUGGAAAUUCUUAUGGAUGUCCAAAUAAUGUAACAUGUUAUGAAAAAGAAACAUGUUGUCAAACAAAUACUGGUUUAGUGGCAUGUUGUCCAAUAGAAAGUGCAGUUUGUUGUGAUGAUGGGAUUCAUUGUUGUGGAAAAGAUCAAAAAUGUUCACCAGAUGGAAAUUGUACUACACCAACAAAUGAAAUUUUUCCAUCUCAUCCAUUACACAUUCAUCAAAUUGAAUUAACAGGAGUUACAUGUCCAGAUCAAAGUGUCUGUCAGAAUGGUAGUUCAUGUUGUCAAUUAGCGUCAGGUCACUAUGGUUGUUGUCCAAUUCUUGAUGCUGUAUGUUGUAGUGAUCAUUUACAUUGUUGUCCACAUGGCUAUACAUGUGAUGGUGAACAUUCACGUUGCAAAAAGAAAUUUGAAUUAAAUGAUGUUCCAUGUCCUGGUGGUUCAUCUGCAUGUCCCGAUGGUGAGACAUGUUGUAAACUAGGAACAGGAGAUUAUGGUUGUUGUCCAUUAGUUGAUGCUGUAUGUUGUAGUGAUCAUCUUCAUUGUUGUCCACAUGGAUCGACAUGUGAUGUUGAAAAAGGUCAAUGUGAUCAAGAUAUAUCAAUUCCAUGGUUUACCAAAACACCAUCAAUACGUCGAGAACAUAAAUUGAUAAAGAUAAAUAAUAAUGAUAAUGAAAUAAAUCAAAUAUCAAAAUUAAAUACUGAUAUUAUUUGUCCAGAUGCAACAAGUUUAUGUCCAUCAACAUCUACAUGUUGUAUAACAACUGCUUCAACAUGGGGUUGUUGUCCAAUUGAAAAAGCUGUUUGUUGUGCUGAUCAUAUCCAUUGUUGUCCAACACAUUAUAAAUGUGAUUUACAUAUAUUUAAAUGUGAUCAUCCAUUUGGUUCAAUUCCAUUAUUAAAAAAAGAAAAAUCAUUAAAGAAAUUAUCAGUUAAAUUAAUAGAUUCAAACAGUCAAUCAUCUGUUUCAACAAUUCAAUGUCCUGAUGAAAAAUCUCUUUGUCCCGAAGAAACAACAUGUUGUCAAUUAAACGAUGGUUCAUAUGGAUGUUGUCCAUAUCCUGAUGCAUCUUGUUGUUCCGAUAAAAUCCAUUGUUGUGGAAAUGGAUAUUCAUGUGACAUAACUGGAAAACGAUGUACGAAAACUUUCGAUUCAUUAAAUAAAACCGAAUCAAUGCCAUUGGGAUUAAAAAUGAAAUCAUUUAAAAAAGAUUUAAAUAUAAAAUCAUUUUUAUCAUUAAAUCCACUUAAAGAUCAAACAUGUCCUGAUGGAAAAACAACAUGUUCACCAACAACAACAUGUUGUCCAAAUAAAGAAAAUGAUCAAGUUACUUAUUCAUGUUGUCCUUAUUCAAAAGGUGUUUGUUGUGGUACAAAUGGUUCGGUAUGUUGUCCAAAUGGUUAUAGUUGUGAUGAGAAACAACUUUCUUGUCAAUUGGGUAAUUCAAGAUUUGCUCGAAGUCUUCGAGCUGAAUCAGAUUUUAGUCAAUGUGGAUCAUCACAAUUCGGUUGUUCAUCAGCUCAAACUUGUUGUAGAACUUAUGGAUCACCUGAUGGAGAAUAUGCUUGUUGUAAUUUUCCUGAUGCUCAAUGUUGUGAAGAUGGUCAACAUUGUUGUCCAAAAGGUUCAAGAUGUGAUACUCAAUAUGGUGGAUGUAUUCAAAAUAAUUAA